AUGUCGGGCCCGGCGGUCGAUGGUCUCACAUCUGUCUUCCAGAGGACGCUGACAGACGGCGCUUCUCUCUCACCGCAGUUGGAUGUGGUGGGUGGCCUGGUUCGCAACAGUUGCAACGAACUGGCCCAAGUAGCAGUGGGUUCGUACCAGCGUGAAGGUGACUCCAGCAAGACGGCUGCCGUGAAUCCGCCGGCCGUGAGAUGGUCGUAUGCUUCCAUUACCAAAACCUUGGUGGGGGUGGUGAUGCAAAUCCUGAUGGCAAAUGAAAGUUUGCCAGAGAUUUCGUGGAAUGACAAGCUACAUCAGUGGUUGCCAUUAGCAGCUGGCACAGCCUACGAGAAUACGUCGCUCCUCGAUGUAGCUUCGCAUACUGCUUGCCUCAUCUCUGAGGGCGCGCCGAGAUCGCAAGAACUCAUGCAAGAAGCCUGGCAGCAACACAUCGCCGGCGGACUCCCGGCAUAUCGUACGGUGGUCGUGAACAACAGCUUGCAUCAUCCACCCUUGCCAAACUGCACCCCUGAGCUGAACACCGAGAUGACCUAUGUUCACUGGGAUGGCGUGGAGAUCUUGGCUCUCAUUGAGGAGACCAUCAGUGGAAUGGAUUUCCGAGCUUUGACCAAGACUUUGAUCUUCGAUCCGCUGGGCAUGUCUAGUGCAGAAGCGGUGGAUGGCAAUGCCGCCGGAGGCCUCCGAGCGACUCUUAGCGACCUUGGCCUCUACGGCCAGUGGCUCUUGGACGGUUACAACAACCAGUCGGACGCCAUCGCAAAAACGGGCUUGAAACACCAGGACUUUGUGGACCUGUUGUCACCUAUCCGCAAGCAUGGGGUAGAACAAGCCUACGGCCGGACCUUCUCCAUCUACUCCAGAGAUGGACGACGAGUGGCGGGGCAUGGUGGUUGUUUGGGUGCAAACUUCGAGAUUCUGCUUGAUGACAACCAGGUCAUGGUCCUGGCCUUUACCCCGGAAGAUGCGGCCUGGAAAACGUGCGAUCUCACCGAAGGCUGGGGUGGACUCCUGUGGCCCACGGCUUCCAGUAUGCACAGCACUUUUACGGCCUGCGAUCGAAAGCCGUCGCAUUUGUGCAAUGCAACGCCCGUGGACAGCACAACCUUGACAUGCAAGCUUACUGACAACUUCAACUUGGAUAGUAGUACCUUGGAUGUGCCUUUCAAGAAGACGAGUUGUCGUGAAGAAGACUUCGCGGACAGGGUGACAGAGGCGUUGUCCACCUAUUCGGCAACUUACGUUGAAAGGUGGGGCAAGGUCUUUGUUUUGCUGGAUGACUGCCAAUGGUCGAUUGUAUCCUACUGGCCUGAUCCCUGUGUUUCCAUGCGUGAAAGCUUCAAGCUCUGCGCCGAAAACAAUUGGGACUGUGGUGUGUACAUGGUGGGCAACCACACCUACAACCCGUCAGAUUUCCCUUGUCGCUGUGGUGUGUUUGUUCCCGGGAGCUGCUCCCAACAGCCUCCGUUGCAGUGUGCGACUGGGGCAGCGCCAUCGGACAUCAACACGACAUGCCUACUUUCGGACCCUUCUCCUACGACUUCGAGUCCAACGACCGAGGCUUCCGGGCAGACUACCGAGGCUUCCAGAGUGAGCACCGGGACAUCCACGACAGAUAAUUUCAAUGCGUCAGGGAAUGGCCUGGCUUCGGCAAACGGCCAACGCUCGGCGGUUUUAAGCCUGAGCUUUUGGCUGGUCAUCAGCCUGAGAUAG